GACCAACGACAGGGGUCUUAGUUGUUUCAUGCAUUCGCUGCCGAAACCAAAGCCCUCAACAACGUUUUGGCUACCUGCAAGAAAGUAACGGAGUCCCGUAUUUAACAGUUGUACCAUUUAACAAAAGUUAAAGAUUUUAAUGAGUCUAAAUCUAUCGUUGAGAAUCGGCUCGAUCGCCGUCUUUCGUCGGGUCGAGAGCGAGUCAUCCUGAACAUUACUUUGAGGUGCAAACUUUGUCAUGUCUACAAUGCCACCGCUAUUAUCAAAGAAAUCUGCGGCUCCACUCCCGCAGGAAAAGACUUAUUACCUCAAGCUUUGUAAGCUUCUCGUCAAAGUGGGAAGGCCUGUACUUCAAGAUGUCUUUGAUGCAAUUCAUCUGCCAACCAAUCUACCAGGUGUCCUUUCAACUCCUAAAGUACAAAACGAGCUCCGCCAGCUUCAAAAGAAAAACGUACUUUAUCAAUCCCAAAUGGACAUUCUCUAUCCAAGCUCAGGAGGUGUCAGCUCAACCAACUUUGACAUCUCCUUGCUCAUCAUACUUUUAAGGAAUAUUUGCAGCAUAGCCAGUCCAAAGUGGAUACGUCAACCAUUGCCAACAGAUAAAAGCCAAGUAGCUGAUAUAGUUCGCAUAAGGCAAUGUCGUAAUGAUCUAUACCAUCGCACCAACCUGGCGUUGACCGAGGGGGAUUUUGAGAAAAAGUGGGAUGAAAUAAAAGAUGCUCUCAUCAGACUUGGAGGGGGGACUAAGUACGAAGAAGAUAUUCAGAAUAUCAAGGUUGGAUCAGUGGAUCCCGAGAUGGAAAAACACUAUCACGAGCUUCUCAGGUCAAGAGAAGAGGCAGAGACGCAGCAAGCUGAAGACAUAAACUUUAUAAAGACAGAGCUCAAAGAUGUGAAACAGAAGCUUGACGAAUCUGAACCAUCCGUUACAAUCGACAUUAAGACUAAGUUCAAGCUUUUUGCUGCUGGAGCAGUGACUAUAGGCUGGGCAGCAGGAUGCACCUAUUUCCUAAACCGCUAUAAGGAUGAUCCAGAAAUAGUGAUAGACUUGGUUUGGCAUGCUAUCAUACCAGGUACACUCGCAAUGGGUGCGACUGUGGUUGGCAUAUUACGUGGCUCAAUUAUAAUCAAAGUCAAAGUUACUUCUAUAGCUGCGUUGGACUACUUAUGGAAAAGUUGCAUCGACGGAGGGGAAAUGGAACAGAACCUUCAUGAGGUCAUAGUUACAGAAGAGCUGAUACAACAGGCCCCCCCUGGUACGGAUAGUGUUGGCAUCUCCGUCACAAUGUCAAAAGAUGACUAUCGACGUGCACGCGAUGCCUUACUGAGUGAUCGUUGCAGUAGCAUCCCAAGCCAUGGAAAAAAAGACAACAACGGUGCAAGCUUUGUCCUGUCUACAAUGCCACCGGUAUUAUCAAAGAAAUCUGCACCGACUCUACCAGAAGAAAAGAUUUAUUACCUCAAGCUUUUGAAACUUUGCGUCGAAGUGGGGAUACCUGUACUUCAAGAUGUCUUUGAUGUAAUUCAUAUGCCAACCAAUCUACCAGGUGUCCUUUCAACUCCUAAAGUACAAAAGGAGCUCCGACAGCUUCAAAAGAAAAACGUGCUUCAUCAAUCCCAAAUAGACAUUCUAAAUCUUGCAAGAAAAGGAAGUGUCACAUCAGCUGCAUUUGACAUCUCCUUACUCAUCGUACUACUGAGGAAUUUUUGCAACAUAACAUCCAGUCCCACGGAUGCCGUGUGGAAUAGUGAGCCAUCAACAGCAGAUAAAAGUAAAGCAGCUGAUAUAGUUCGCAUAAGGUUAUGUCGCAAUAAUCUCUACCAUCGCACCAAUCUGGCGGUAACAGAAAGCGAUUUCGAGAAAAAGUGGGAUGAAAUAAAACAUGCUCUCAUCAGACUUGGAGGUGGGACUAAGUACGAAGAAGAUAUUCAGAAUAUCAAGUUUGGAUCAGUGGACCCCGAGAUAGAAGAACACUAUCACGACCUUCUCAGGUCAAGAGAAGAGACAGAACGAAAAACAGAAGAAACACUGGACAAUUUGAAGACAGGGCAACAAAAUUUGAAACAGAAACUUGACGAAGUUGGUGAAAAACUUGUUUAUGCUGAGAUCAUCAUAAAAACCACGUUCAAGCUUUUUGCUGCUGGAACAGUGACGUUAGGCUGGGCGGCAGGAUGUACAUACUUCCUGAACCGCUAUAAGGAUGAUCCAGAAAUAGUUACAGGCUUGGUUCAGCGUGCUAUCAUACCAGGCACACUCGCAUGGGGGGUGACCGUGGUUGGCAUAUUACGCGGUUCAAUUAUAAUAAAAGUCAAAGUUACCUCUCUAGCUGCAUUGGACUACUUAUGGAAAAGUUAUGGCGAAGGGGAAAUGGAGGAAAAUCUUCAGAAGGUCAUAGUAACAGAUGGACUGAUACAACAUGCCCCCCAUGGUACGGAUGGUGUUGAGAUUUCUGUCACAAUGUCAGAAGAUGAAUAUCAAACUGCCCGUAACACCUUGCUAGGGGAAUGUCCCGUUAACAUCAAAAGCCAUAACAGAGAGAGAAGUCUUGAUUUAUUCCAAAAGAAGAUUAUGCGAAAAAACAAUGAAACUGAGCCAUCCUCAACAGACACAAGACAAACAGCUCCGUCAGAAAAGGAGAAGACAGGACGUCAAGAUCUGGAUGAGAUGGUGGAAGACCAAAUGCCAAAAAAAUGCGGUGGGACUAAGUACGAAGAAGAUUUUCAGAAUAUCAAGGUUAGAUCAGUGAACCCCAAGAUGGAGCAACACUAUGCCGAGAUUUUCCGGUUAAGAGUAGAGAGAGAGAAAUUGAAGUCUGGGCAUGAAGAUCUGAAACAUGAACUUGAAGAAAUUAUUGAAAAACACGUGAACAGAAUAACCAAGUUUAAGCUUUUCGCUGCUGGAACAGUGACGUUAGGCUGGGCGGCAGGAUGUACAUACUUCCUGCUCCGUUAUAAGGAUGAUCCAGAAGAAGUAAUAAACUUGGUUAGGCAUGCUCUCAUUCCAGGCACACUCGCAAUGGGGAUGACUGUGGCUGGCUUAUUAUGGCGGUGAAUCUUUUGUUGAAUAGUGCCAUCCGCCAAGACCAACCAUAUACCAAAAUCUGAUAAAUACUGUCUGAUGAGUGCGUAAGCACGAAACUCAGAGUAACAGCAAAUCUUGCCUCUUCGUUAUUAUAUAUAUAAUUGCAAAAUUGUAUAAUUGAGUUAACUAUAAAUAGCACAGGCUUACCAAACUAUCGAGAGGAGUCGGCUCCAGGCCUUCUAUGGCGAUUUUUGCAUUAUGACGUAACUUUACUACAACUACCAGAGAGCCUUGUGUAUUUUCAUUGUUAUUCAGAUUUUUAAUCCCCUUGGAGAUUAAUAAAACAAUUGGCACUAAUUGCAUUACAAAAGAAA